CAGGUCACCAAUGGAAAGCUCGGCUGCCCCAGUCAGCGCAGGUCCCAUGAUGGUCACUUCCCAUGCUGGCAUCUUCCCGGAAGUCCAAGCAACAAGCGCAGAAUUCUCUGCGCUUGCUGCAUUCGCACACUGAACACACUCACUUACUCACAUUCACCUACCCUUACUUUACCUUGCUAUGUACAUCUUAAGGUACGAAUGCUUGUAGUCUCACUCACAUGCAGCCGACCUGCCUUACAAGGACGGGGUCUACAGGUCCAAGGUAAGAACGGGCCUAGACUGGCUGUACCUGUCGUCGGCAUCUCGCCCACCCUCAUGCUCAUGACUCUAUUGCCCCUCGCCUGGCAAGCACCUUACUUCUUUCCCACCAAACGAGACGACGGACAACGCUGGAAACUAUCAAAAAGGCACCCGCGCCUACUUUGGUGCGACCUGGGAUUCCACGUUCUCUCAACUCUCGUCUCUUGUCUGCAUUGCAUUGCUUCGCUUUGCAUCUCGCAUGCUUCUUUUUUGACACAACACCUCAACCGUCCCACUACCAUCAGCAUUCUCACCUUCGGUGUGUCGCAUACACUGUCCACACCGAGAUCACUUCAUUGUCUUGGCAAAGGACGGACUCGCUUUCGGAUCAUUCGAAAUAAACAUCGCAAUCUCCAGUAA